AUGGGCGCCUACAAGUACCUUACGGAGCUCUACACCAAGAAGCAGUCGGAUGUCCUCCAGUUCGUCGCACGUGUGCGCUGCUGGGAGUACCGUCAGCUCGCGGUCAUCCACCGCGCGGCCCGCCCCUCGCGCCCGGACAAGGCGCGCCGUCUCGGCUACAAGGCCAAGCAGGGCUACGUGAUCUACCGUGUCCGUGUCCGCCGUGGUAACCGCAAAAAGCCCGCUCCCAAGGGUGCCACCUACGGCAAGCCCGUCCGCCAGGGUGUCAACCACCUCAAGUACCAGCGUGGUCUCCAGACCACCGCUGAGGAGCGUGUUGGCCGCCGCUGCGGUAACCUCCGCGUCCUCAACUCGUACGAGGUCGCUGCCGACGGUGUCUACAAGUUCUACGAGGUCAUCCUCAUUGACCCCUCGCACAAGGCGAUCCGCCGCGACGCCCGCAUCAACUGGAUCUGCAACCCCGUCCACAAGCACCGCGAGGCUCGUGGCCUUACUUCGGAGGGCAAGAAGAACCGUGGUCUCGGCAAGGGCUCCAAGUACAACCACACCCCCCAGGCCGCCACCUGGCGCAAGCACAACACGCUCUCGCUCCGCCGCUACCGGUAA